UGCAGAGACGCCUGGACUAGACGGGGUGGACUCGCUCACUCAGCUGGCUCACUCCUCGCCGGCUGGUUCCCUGACAGGCACCGCUGCCCCUCGCCUCCUGCCCCCCUCCCGCUGCUGCUCUCUGUCGGAUUCUCCUCCUCUUCCUCAGACUCCUGGACGACCAGGCCGAGCGCGCAUGGAGACCCUCCUGGAAUCACCGCGGCCCCUGGGAGAGGAGUCCCUCCAGAUGUGGGACCUCAACAAGCGCCUGGAGGCCUACCUGGCCCGGGUGAAGUUCCUGGAGGAAGAGAACGAGGGGCUGAAGUCGGAGAUCCACUGCCUGAGAGGGAGCCCAGGGGCGGUAGAGGACUCCUGGCGGGGCAGGUACGAGGAGGAGGUGGCCGCCUGGCGCGCCCGCCUGGACGAGGCCUUCCGUGAGAAGAGCGCGGCCGAGCUGGCCCGGGCCGGCCUGUGCGAGGAGCUCCAGCGGGUCCAGGGCAGGUGCCAGAGGGAGCGGGCUGCCCGGCAGGAGGCCAGGGAGCUCCUGGCCCUGAGCUGGAAGGCGCUGGAGGAGGAGAAGCGGGGCCACAUCUGGCUAAAAAGAGCCACCCAGCUGGAGAAGGAGGCGGAAGCCCUGCUGGAAGCCCACGAGGAGGAGAGAGCCAGGCUGGAGCAGGAGGUGGCCGCCUUCUCCUCCUGGGGCCUGGAGACCUUCCGUGGUGGCAGCGGCACUGCUGCCACCACCCCUGCCGCCUUCCAGCCGGUGGAGGUGGAGGACUAUUCCCAGAGGCUCUCCAGCAUCUGGCAGGGGGCCGUAGAGACCUACAAGGCGGAGGUCUCCCGGCUGGAGGCCUCCUUUGGGGAGGCGAAGGAGAACCUCUGGAAGGCCACUGAGCGCAACCGGCAGAACCAGCUGCAACUGCAGCACCUGGAGAGGGAACUGGCCGGCCUCAAGGGGCGGAAGGAGACGCUGGAGGAGCACCUGGCUCAGCAGUGGCACCACCAGCAAGGAGAAGCCAAGAAGCUCCAGCAGGAGGGGCAGAGAGCGACCGAGGCCAGUCCGGAGCCCGCGGUGGGCAGCGUCGGUGUGCCCUCGCCCGAGGCCCCCGGAGGCCGGACCCUCUUGGAAGCGGAGAGCACCCGGCUGCUGCAGAGGCCGGCAGACCCCAGACUGGCCCUCAGCCUCCCAGAUGGCAAACUGGAAGCGAGUGCGAGGAAGCGCCAAACAGUGUCUCUGGAAAGAGGGAACCGGGGGCACCGAGACCCCAGGCCGACCUCCGCAGCCUUCUUGAAGGGAGGCGUGGCGCCUCAGCUGCCCAAGAACCAGAGUGGCCCCCUCACGGUCCACACCGUCUCUGUGCUCCCCAAGAGCAGAAGCCCUGUCCUGCGAGAGUUCCAGAAAGCCAGCGCCGCCCUGCAGUCCCAGUCCGCAAAGGCUCUGGAGGGGGCGAGCGGCCCGGCUUUCAUAGACUCUGCUGCUCUUCAGUUGGGCUCCUCCUCCCAACAAAGCGAGAUGAUGACGGCCGGCAAAGCUGGAACAGUUUCCCAGUCCUCCGCCCCUGAACCGCCCUGCUUUCCAGCUCUAGUUCCAAAUGUCUUGGGAGAGUCCAGCUCAAACCCAGAGCAAAGUCACCCUCCGGAAGAAGACGGAGAGGAGAAUUCAGCCCAAACAAAAACAAGGGAACUGGGGGAGAAAGCGGAGCUUCGCGAGGAAGUGGAGGAGGAAGAGAAGCCGGCCAACGAGGAGCCCCCUUGGAAGACCACCCUGCACCGUGUGCCUCAUCCCUCCCCCCAGCUGGGCACGGAAGCCUCAGGUGCCGCGCUACAGGAGGCUCACGCGGGAGAGGUCCGCUUUGAAGCCGGCUGGCUGGGCGCAGCUGAAACGCCAAAUGGCAUCCCUUCGGAUGACUCUUCGUCCGUGGAAGAAGGAAAUGGGGCAGCUGCUUCUCCAGGCACCGCUGCAUUCGAGGAGGCCAUGCCAGGGCUGCACAAAAGCCACAUGGAAGGUCUUCUGGAGGGCGUCCCGGGCUGUGAGGACUCCAGAGAGAUUAAUGGUGGUGGCCCAGAAGUAUGUUCUCAGCAGCAGGAAGAAGCAGCAGCUGUGUGGGUGCCUCGGGAUGCAGAACCAUCCUCCCGACAAGAAACACGACUGCCAGAGGAAGAGAGAAGUCCUUCCACCCAGCGGGACAAAGAGGAGGUCGUGUUUGACAUCCCAGUCGCUGGCAGGAUUGACGGCUACAAUGAAAUGAGCUCACCAGAGCAGACCGAGGUUGGUGGCGGUGAGCGGCCCCCUCCUCUCCAGGGCAUCGUGCAGAGAGGUGAGUCGCCUGAGGGUGUCCAGGGCACCAGAUCAGCUGGUCAACUGGACACGGGUGCAGCUGCCGUUCUGAGGGACGACUGGGACAGCCCGCAGCCUGGCACGAGCGGUGCCGAGGACCACACCGGUGCCACAGGGCCAGACGUGGAGGAGACCGACGGAGGGGCAGAAGACCUUGACGUGGUGAGCACCGAAGCGCUGCAUCUCUCCGAGGACGAGGAACGGAGAGCCCUUUCGAGCCCCUCCAGGGAGAGCGAAGAGUGCGACUUCCAGGCAGAGAUGCUGGAAAGGGAGUUUCUUCAGGCAGAAGAAUUUGUAGUUGAAACUUUGUCACCACCCAUAAGCCACUCGUUUUAUUCUGCAGAAAGUCACCAAGACCAUCACUUUCUUGGGACAGAACAGGAAGCCCCUGAGGAAGAAACGUCGCUUUCCAAAACAGAUUAUGCCUUGCCAAAGGAAGAGGGAAAAGAGGUGGACUCAGAACCUGAGACCCCAAGGGUUGAAGAAGAGGCUGCCUUGAGGGAUGACCACUCAACAAAUACCUGGACCGCUGAGCCCAAGGCCAAGGAAGAGGAGGCAGGGGCUGAGGAGCCACAGCAGGAUAUUUGGGGACGAGAAGGUCUCCUUGAAGAAGAGGAUGCUUUGUGCAAGGAAGACAUAAUGCAGAAGAAAGAAACUGCCACCUUGCAAGAUUGGACCUGGGAGCACCAAACUGUCUUGCAGCAGGAGAACGUGGAGAGUGUUCUGAGGCAGGAGAUGUCCACAAGAGAUCAAGGAGAGGAAACAGUAGAGGCGGGUCAAGGAGACCUGCCCAUGGCACAGCAGGUGGAAGAAGAAGAGAUCAUCACCCAAGGAGAUCAAGGAGAGGAAACAGUAGACGCGUUACAAGGAGGAGACCUGCCCGUUGACCAGCAGAUGGAAGACAAAGAGAUCACCGCCCAAGGGGAGGAAACAGUAGAGGUGUGUCAAGGAGACCUGCCCAUGGCACAGCAGGUGGAAGAAGAAGAGAUCAUCACCCAAGGAGAUCAAGGAGAGGAAACAGUAGACGCGUUACAAGGAGGAGACCUGCCCGUUGAACAGCAGAUGGAAGACAAAGAGAUCACCGCCCAAGGGGAGGAAACAGUAGAGGUGUGUCAAGGAGACCUGCCCAUGGCACAGCAGGUGGAAGAAGAAGAGAUCAUCACCCAAGGAGAUCAAGGAGAGGAAACAGUAUACGCGUUACAAGGAGGAGACCUGCCCGUUGACCAGCAGAUGGAAGACAAAGAGAUCGCCACCCAAGGGGAGGAAACAGUAGAGGCGUGUGAAGGAGGAGACCUGCCCAUGGACCAGCAGAUGGAAGACAAAGAGAUCGCCAUCCAAGGGGCGGAAACAGUAGAGGCGUGUGAAAGAGGAGACCUGCCCAUGGACCAUCAGGUGGAAGACAAAGAGAUCGCCACCCAAGGGGAGGAAACAGUAGAGGUGUGUGAAGGAGGAGACCUGCCCGUGGACCAUCAGGUGGAAGACAAAGAGAUCGCCACCCAAGGGGAGGAAACAGGAGAGGCGUGUGAAGGAAGAGACCUGCCCGUGGAGCAACAGAUGGAAGACGAAGAGAUCGCCACCCAAGGGGAGGAGACAGUAGAGGUGUGUGAAGGAGGAGACCUGCCCGUGGAGCAGCAGAUGGAAGACAAAGAGAUCACCGCCCAAAGAGAACAAGGGGAGGAAACAGGAGAGGCGUGUGAAGGAAGAGACCUGCCCGUGGAGCAGCAGAUGGAAGACAAAGAUAUCACCGCCCAAAGAGAACAAGGCGAGGAAACAGGAGAGGCGUGUCCGGGAGACCUGCCCAUGGAGGAGCAGGCGGAGGAAGAAGGGAUCGCCAUGGCUUCCGCUGAGAGGGAUGUGCUGAAUGGAGGAGAUUUGAUAGCAGAGUCAGAAGCAACGGAGACUGAGGAGGCAGAGUCAAAGACGAGCCUUGUAGGGAACGCAGAAACGAUGGGCUGUGGCACUAGGAGAGAUCUGCAGGAGGAAGAGAAUCCAGAAGCCAACCUGGUAUCCAAGACUGAUACUCGGCAGGCAGAAGAACAGCAUGCUACUCCUGAGAGAGAAGAAACCUGCCCAAACCAACAUUCACUGCACUGCGACCAAAGCCUGCCCCACGAAGCUGGCCCUGGAGCACUGGAGGCUCCUUCAGAAGCGCUGGACCACACUGCCAGUGGGCUCGAAGCAAAGUCCGACCGUGGCCCCCAGGAGACGGAUGUGUCUUCUGGAAGGGACCAUCCCUUGCAAAGUGGUCAUUCAGGGUCUGGGGUUUCCCUUGAAUCCUUAGAUGUUUCCCCAGACACCACCCAUGGAACAGAAGGGAUUGAAGCGGAGCUGGAAAGCAGAAGAGAGAUCGAACUGGAGGAGACUUUGCCAGAUAGCACGCCCUUGCAUCUGUAUGAUGAAAAGAUGUUGGCUGUGACCGGGAAGGGACAGCCGCUUCCGGAGGACGAAGACGCAGCAGAGGCACCCCUCCUGACCAAAGACAGUGUCACUUCUGCGGAGGCGAUGGGACAAGCAGCGGAGGAAGCAGCCCUGUGUCCAGACAGUUCCCAGGAAGGAGAUGGCGACGCCAAAGUGUGGGAGGGUGUAGAUGAGGAGGGAGGUGGGCACAUGGAAUCUGCUCCCAAGCAGAAGUCCCCCAGUUCCGAGGACCUUCUUGCUUCAAGAGAUUUAGAAGAAGCGGAGACUGAGAGUUGGGAACUCAUCAGAGGUGACGAAGAAGGCCUGCCUGCCGAGGGAGUUGAAAUGCCUGGUCCAGAAGACCGUUUCCCCCCAUUGGAUGCAGAAGUUGACGAACAGCCUGGGGGAAUUGUGGGCCGUGGGAGUGGUGCGAGAAAAGAACUUGCCUGUGGAGAAGUGGCCCGUGAGGAAUCUGGCAGUCCAGAUUUUGUCUGGGAGACAGAAAGAGACAACAUAUUUCAGCCGGAUCCCAGCUACGUUCAGGAACGCUUCCAGGGGGGAAAUGACAGCCCUUUGGGAUUUAGCGAGCCCAGCCACACAGUGCCUGAAGGCUCCCACAAGGUUUCUCCGCUGACCAGUGUUGCCGACCUGGGAGAGAUUGUGCUGGAGGAAGAGCAGUCUGCAGAUGGGCAGGAAGACGGUGCAGAAGCGGAAGGUUUUGUGUACUGUGGAGAGGAAAGGGGGCCGUGUGUCCAUGACUCCCAACCAGUCUCUGGUCUAGAAAACUGUAGCGGAGAAGAGCCCACCCGACCAACAGACUUGCCUGAACUGAGUUCAAGUGGUACAGAUUCUGCAGACCCUUCCCUGAAGGAAGAAGCGAGUCUUCCCGUAGACAGCUUGAGAGACUCCGAUAUCCUGGAAAUCGUGGAGCAGGCCCUGGAGUUUAGCCAAGAGGCCAUCUGGGCCGCUGAGCGGACCGUUGGGGCAGAGAAGCGGGCAGCCCAGGGAGAUGUUCUCUGCUCCCCGGUGGCAGAGAGGAACGGCAGCUCCCCCCUGGCAUUGCCUGACGUAGGCAGAUCCCAGGUGCCUGCAGAGACCCCCAGGGCCCCCUCCCCAGAUGCCAAAGACCCAGCGGGAUCUAGUCACCUGUGGGCUGGAGACAACGGUAACGGGCUGCAGCAGGAUCCUAGCCUGGCGGACUUCACCGCUGAGGUACUGAAUGGCCUCGGGGGCCUUCACUCUGGCAACGGGGGAGAACGGAUCGAGGGGCUGGCCGCCCGCCAGCACUUCCGCAGGCAGGGCCCCGGUGACCAGUACCCACCUCAGGCACGAGUGGGUGAAGAGGCGCCCAGAACUGGAGACGUCCGUUCCGAAACCCACGAGAAGGAUUCCCCGGAGUACAGAGGGCAGGAGGGGGUGGACGUUGCCAAGAGCCUGUUUGCUAACCGGAUGCAGGCCGCGCACCUGAAAGGAAAGGAUGCCGAGGUGGAGGCCGAUUCCGUCCCGUCCCAUUUCGGAGAAGAAAUUCUCCACCCGGAGUCCAGUCAGCCCCUGAAGUUCCGACCAGAAGAGGAAGACGAGUUGUGGUCUCCAGAAGACCAAUGAAAUAGUGGCUUAGUGGCUUCCUCUCUUCCAGCCUCCGCGUUUUCCCCCCCUCCCUGACUUCCCGUCACCCAUUUGGAAUUUGAAAAUAGGCGGCCAUAUCGACAAUCAGAGACACGGUGUAGACAGAACUUUUACCCUUUCAGGACUUCCGCUCUAUGGUAGCCAUUUUUUAAAAAACGUUUGAACGAGUGUUCAGGGCUCCAGUGCCUUGUAAGGAAAAGUAAGAUGGGAUCCAGGGCCGGGACUGUUGCCUUUUCCUCAAGGUAACCCAUCCUUUGGGGGAUGAUACACUGGCGGAAGCCUCCAGUCACCUUCUGGGGGGGGGGAUGGGACUCUGCCCAUUCAGAGCUGACGGGGGAGGUGAGUCAGUCCCCCCCCCCUCCGUGGUGCCCCUUCUCCUUUUUCACUCGCUGAAUCCCGUCACCAGCAGCGCCGGCUGAAGCACCAGCAGGAGGCCACGGGUGAUGGUUUUCUUGGGGGGGGGGAGGGCAGCACAGCCUCUGUUUCCACCACUCAGAGGUCGACUCAACGCCCCUUCAGACCGUCCCUCGAAACGGCGCCAGAGGGGCGAAGCUGACCAGGCCAGUGCCUGGGGAGCUUCUGGUGGGGUCCACUUCUGGACAGCAGCUGCCUCCCUCGGGCUUCCUGGCCUCCCGCAGGCCGCCCUGCCCAGAGCCCGCAGCCCCAGAGGAGCGCUGCUGUGUGGCCAUCCGGUGGUGGGCGGCGGGUCCUUCGGCGGAGGCGCCAAAGCCCACGCCUCCCAAACACCCCUCUCACCUUGGCGGGAAGGCAGUUCUGCCCCCAGGAAAGAAGGAAAGCUUGAAAAGUGACUGUGAGGGGUGAAGGGGCUGGGGGGGCAAGCGGGGGCACCCCACACACCCCGAGAGCCUGGCGCUCUGCCCCCUCUGAGGGCUGCCUGUGGCCCUCGGUCUCUUCCCCGCCCUCAGCCCUGCCUUCUUGGCCUCAGAGUGGGAGCUCUGCGUGUUCCUUCUCGGCUCCGCAGCAGUGGCGGCCACAGGGGCAGGCGGAUGGAGCCGCCCUCCAGCAGGCCCCGUCGGUGGACGGUGGGAUUCCAGGGAAGUUCGAAGGUCCUCAACCAUGAAUUGGGCAGAAAGCUCAUCCCCACCCCACACCCCACCCCAUCUCCCCUUUGACUGACUCGUAGAAUCCUAGAGUGGGGAGGGGCCCCGCAGGCCAUCUAUUCCGACCCCCGGCCCCAAGGCAGGACCGGCCUAGAGCAUCUCCGACAAAGCAUCUCUCUGACUCCUUUCCGGAACACGUUUCAGACGCCCUA